CAAACCCAAACCCAAACCCUAGAAGCAGAGCGAGAGGAAGACGAAGCCAUGCCUGUUUCCGAAGAUUCUGACUCCGAGGACGAAGCUCAGUUGAACGUCCAAAUAGAAUCCCUCGAGACUGAGCUUGCUGCAAACCCCUCCAACUACGAUGCUCAUUUCCAAUAUAUAAAGCUUCUGAGGAGAAUGGGUGAUGUUGAUAAACUGACAAGAGCAAGGGAAGCUAUGAGUCUACACUUUCCAUUGAGCCCAGCAAUGUGGCGCGAAUGGACCAAAGAUGAGCUUUCUAUCAACCCUACUUCUCGACCUGAUGCUUUCUCUACAAUUCUGAAACUUUAUGAACGUGGGGUUUUUGAUUAUCUGUCAGUCCCCCUUUGGUGCGACUACAUCAAUUCUGUUCAAGAGUUUGAUCCAAUGGUGUGCCAAUGUUCACCUGCUGGUGUUUCAAAGGCAAGAGAUCUCUUUGAGAGAGCACUCACUGCAGCUGGUUUGCAUGUUACCCAAGGAAGUAAAAUAUGGGAAGCAUACAGACAAUAUGAGCAGGCUAUACUUCUAACCAUUGAUGACAAUGAUGCACAGUCAAAAGAAAAGCAAGUUCAACGCAUUCGAAGUUUAUUCCAUCGCCAGUUGUCUGUUCCGCUUGCUGAUAUGAGUUCAACACUUAUGGCCUAUAAGACUUGGGAGGUGGAACAAGGAAAUCUUCAUGAUGUUGAAUCCAUUGACCUGGUCAAUAUUUAUCCUCAAGUUGCAUCAGCAUACCAGAAGGCCUUGGAGAUGUAUGAUGCACGUGUUCAUUUUGAAGAACAGAUUUCUAUCCAGGAUAUUUCUGAUUCAGAAAGACUGCAUCACUACAUGAACUAUCUGAAGUUUGAGCAGUCUUUUGGAAUACCAGCCAGAAUUCAAGUUCUAUAUGAACGAGCUAUUACCGAGUUUCCUAUAUCACCUGAUCUUUGGCUUGAUUAUACUCGUUAUUUGGAUAAAACUUUGAAGGUUGGUAAAAUUGUCAGCAAUGUUUAUUCUAGGGCCACUAAGAACUGCCCUUGGGUUGGAGAACUUUGGGUUCGUUUUAUGCUUUGCUUGGAGCGUGGUCAUGCUUCUGAGAAAGAAUUGGCUGAAGUCUUUGAGAAGUCCAUGCAAUGUACCUUUUCAAAUCUUGAUGAGUAUCUUGAUUUGUUUCUCACCCGGGUAGAUGGCUUAAGGCGAAGAAUGACAUCCACCAGUGAAGAGGAUCUCUUGGAAUAUAAAACAAUAAGGGAGACCUUCCAGCGUGCAAAAGAUUACCUGACACCAUACUUGAAGAAUACAGAGGGUCUGUUACAUUUGCAUGCUUAUUGGGCCCAUUUAGAAAUAAUACUUGGAAAAGAUAUAAUUGCAGCUCGUGGAGUUUGGGAGAAUUUUCUUAAGAUCUGUGGUUCAACAUUGGAGGCAUGGAAUCGUUAUAUAGUAAUGGAAGUUGAAUUGGGUCACUUAAAUGAAGCAAGGUCCAUAUAUAAGAGAUGCUACAACAGAAGGUUUCCUGGGACUGGUUCAGAGGACAUAUGCUAUUCAUGGUUACGCUUUGAGAGGGAGUAUGGCAAGUUGGAAGAUUAUGAUCAUGCUUUACUAAAGGUUACCCCUCGUUUGGAAGAGCUUCAGUUAUUUAGGAUACAGCAGGAAUCCAAGUCAGCUGAGGAAAGUGAAAAUAAUCCAAAGAGAAAUGCACGUGACAAGAGAAAGCUGGGGUCAGAUAUAACUGACAAACAGUCUCCAGCAAAGCGACAGAGAGAUGCUGGUAGAAACCCAAAUAAAGCGCAUGAGGAUAAUAAAUAUCAAGUGAAGAACUCUUCUCAGGUUACAAAAGUGGAAGGGGUCAAUCAGAAGAAUAGCAUGUCAGAUGAUAACCUAAGUGAGCAAGAGUCUGCCCCCAGAAAAAACAGGGCAUACACUGACCAGUGCACUGCCUUUAUAUCAAAUCUUCACAUUACGGCAAAUUCUGAGCAUAUUCGUAAAUUCUUCAGUGAUGUUGGUGGAGUUGUCGCCAUUCGUAUCCUACAUGACAAGUUCACUGGAAAAUCAAGGGGACUAGCAUAUGUGGACUUUUUGGAUAAUGAGCACCUUGCUGCAGCAGUAGCUAAGAACAAACACUGGUUACUUGGGAAGAAGUUGAGCAUUGCGCGGUCUGAACCAAAGCAUGGUGGGAAGGAAUCUUCUAAUCCAAAAACCUUGAAAGAACAUGCACAUGCCAAUGACGGUAUCGGUGAAAAAGGUUCAGCGUCCAAAGAAACUGAUAGUACUCCCAAAGGAGAUAUAAAGGAUGCGAAGUUCUCUUCUAGAAAGCCAGGAAGUGACAACAUCCAGCUUAAAGGGAAAAAUACUUUUGCUGUGCCUAGAAAUGUAAGACCACUUGGUUUUACUACAAAUAAACCAAAAACAGAAGAGGGGGAUGAAAAGCCAAAAUCCAAUGAAGAAUUCAGAAAGAUGUUCAUUGGUUAAGGGUUUAGCACCGCUAAUUUGUAACUUUCCAAAGAUGGCAGAUAUCUAAAAUGUUUUUGACAAACGGUGGAAAGUAUGGGAGUUAUCUGUCUUCAAGUAUGUCGCUUUGUUCUGUUGCAUAAAUCAGAUCAGAUUAUUCUCCCUAAAUUUACCUUCGCUGUCUAUAAUUGAUUUGUAGAAUGUGUUCUGUUAGGGCUCUAUAUAGUACGUAUAUGCAAUUUUCAUAUAAAUGAAUGGGAUGUUAGAUUU